GUCUAUAAAUAACAGAAUUGGAAGCAGAAAUAGUCCCACACAAUUUCUCACAUAGUUGCUUCUCUCUCUCUCCUGCUCGUUCGCUUGCUCUGUUCUCCUGCUACGAUUACGUUUAUGCCAAUUUCGUUUUAGGGUUGUUAGAGAAUUUGAUAUUUGCAUCUCUUUUGCUCGCUCUGCUAAUUGCGUUUUGUUGUUCAGAUAAUCUUGUAAAUUCGUUUUAGAUUUUUAGAAAACUUGUUCACCGGUCGCUGUUGUGUUGUCCGUUUCUUGCCUUUGUUAAGCGGUUUUUUAGGUUUUGGUUAAUCAGUUUUUUUAUCGUCGAUCGGUAUUGUGUUGUGUGUUUGGUAAUAAUGAAUGCAGGUAUGAACUGGAAGGAACAUGGUCGGAAGAUUCCCAAGGAAAAUCUGGACAGAUUCAUACCGAACAGAUCAGCUAUGGAUUUCGACUUUGCUCAUCACGCCCUCACCGAAGCCCUAAUCGAAGCAAGAGACGGCCAAAAAAAAGAAGCGCGGGAGCUUUCACCCUCCAAAGAGGCUUACAGGAAGCGUUUGGCUGAAACGCUCGGUCUCAACCGCACCCGUAUUCUCGCCUUCAGGAACAAACCUCAACCUCCUCUCCACUCUCAUUAUCACUCUGCUUCUCUUCACCAACAACCUCUAAAGCCUCGCCGCCGACGCAUUCCUCAGUCUUGUAGCAGAGUCUUGGAUGCUCCUAACAUUCUUGACGACUUCUACCUCAACUUGCUUGACUGGGGUUCUCGUAACGUCUUAGCUAUUGCCUUGGGCCACACUCUUUGCCUCUGGGAUGCUUCUACCGGCUCUGUAUCCGAGUUCGUGACCAUUGAGGAAGACCAAGGACCCAUCACAAGCAUAAGCUGGGCACCUGAUGGUUCCCACGUUGCACUUGGCCUCAACAACUCUCAAGUCCAGCUUUGGGAUUCUUCAUCCAUCCGCAAGAUAAGAACUUUGAACGGUGUCCACCACUCUAGAGUAGGAUCACUUGCAUGGAACAAUCACAUCCUCACAACCGGAGGAAUGGACGGGAAGAUUGUCAACAACGAUGUCAGGAUCAGGUCGCAUGUUGUGGGAACUUACAGAGGUCACACUGGAGAGAUUUGUGGACUCAAGUGGUCAGGUUCUGGAAUGCAGCUUGCUAGUGGUGGCAACGAUAAUGUGGUUCACGUAUGGGAUCUCUCUUCUGCGUCUUCGAGAUGGCUGCACAGGCUUGAGGAACAUACUUCUGCCGUGAAAGCUCUUGCUUGGUGCCCCUUCCAAUCGAAUUUGCUUGCAACUGGUGGUGGUGGAACAGAUGGGGCGAUCAAGUUCUGGAACACUCACACCGGAGCUUGCUUGAACUCUGUAGACACAGGAUCCCAAGUGUGUGCUUUGUUGUGGAGCAAGAAUGACAGAGAGUUGCUUAGCUCACAUGGGUUUUCUCAGAACCACCUUGCACUUUGGAAGUACCCAUCCUUGGUGAAAAUGGCUGAGCUCACUGGCCAUACAUCAAGAGUUCUGUAUAUGACACAGAGUCCUGAUGGCUCUACCGUUGCUUCAGCUGCAGGAGACGAGAGUUUGAGGUUUUGGGAUGUUUUUGGAAUGCCAGAGACUGCCAAAAAACCUGUUCAGAAAGCAGCCCAUGAGCCAUUUUCUCGCGUGCCUCGUAUCCGUUGAAACUGUCAUAACAACAAGCCAUUAAUCGUUACAGAAGGUAUCUCCUUCAAUUUUUUAUUC